AUGACGGUGCGGCUUUGCUUGACUAAGCAAUGGCUCCAGAGUCAAGACAAUCAGGGCAUCAGGCAAAAGCAAAAGGUGUUCAAAAGAGCAGAGAGUCCCAGAAUGGAUAUUCUCCUUGCUGCAGUUCUAGGUGAGCUAACAACUAGAUCCAUAAAUUUCUUCAUCGGAAAGAGCUUCAAGCCAACUGCACUGGAUGUGGAGGAUCGCCUCUGCAGGAUCCUGCUCCGGGCACAGGUCAUCGUCGAUGAGGCUAUGGGACGGCAGAUCACAAGCCAAGCUAUGCUCCAGCAGCUGGACAUGCUCAGAGAAGCGAUGUACCGAGGUUAUUACAUCCUUGACACCUUCAGAUACCAAUAUCGCAACAAAGAGGAGGCCAGAGGUCAGGUUCUGAGUCACUCUUUUUUUGUGUCCAAAGUAAAUACACUACAGGGUUUGUGUUCAUCCAGUAGAAAGAAAGAGAUUUUUGAGCAGAUGCAGAAAUCGCUUGAUCAUUUAAGCUCUAUGAUCCUUGAUGUGCAAGAGCUAGUAAUAUUCAUGAUGAGUUAUCCUUGCAUAUAUCACCAGCCUUAUAGCAUGCAUCUCCUACUCGGUAAUUGCAUGUUUGGCCGUCAAAUGGAAACUGAAGUCGUUGUCAACUUCCUGUUGCACACGCGACCUCAUGCAUCUGAAAAAUUGGAGGUCCUGCCAAUUGUAGGUCCCUAUAAAGUAGGCAAGAGCACUCUUGUUGCUCAUGUCUGCAAGGAUGAAAGAGUCCGUAAUCAUUUCUCUCAAAUAUUGUUCUUGCGGGAUCAUGAUUUUACAGGUUAUGAUCUGGCUAAGUUUAGAGAAGAAUAUGAAAUGGAACAUCGAAGUCUAGUGUCAAAUUCGAACAAAGAUGGAAGAUUGCUAAUCGUUCUUGAGUUAGUUGACGAUCUCAAUGAAGAUGCAUGGAGUAGGUUAUAUUCUGCUUCUAUACAUCAUUUGUCAAGCGGUAGUAAAAUCAUAGUCACAAGCCAAUCUGACAAGAUCAUGAAGUUUGGGACAACUCAGGCACUACGUAUGAAGUUUGUGUCCCAUGAAGCUUACUGGUAUUUCUUCAAGACACUCGCAUUUGGUAGCAUGGAUCCCAAGAUGCACCCAAGACUUUCACACCUGGCCAUGGAGAUAGCAAAAAUGCUUAAUCCAUGUUUCAUUGGUGCAAAAAUGACUGCUUGUCUUCUGAGGGACAACUUUGACAUCCACUUGUGGUACAAGGUUCUGGGCUUCUUGAGAGUGCAAAUGAAGAAAAAUUUAUUAAAAUUUGGUGGACGUCCAUUUGAUCUUGUAAACCAGAAAAGGCCUGCAUAUAUUGGGAGAAUGGCUACACCUUCUGAAGAUGCCGUGCUUUAUGACGAGCACCAAUGCUCUUCGCAAGAGGAGAUUCCAAAGAUAAGUGUUCAAGAUGUCGUGUAUGGAAGCGUUAAAGCUCAUGGGAAAUUCAAGGUCCUAGGAUGGAGGUCUCAGAUACCGCCCUACCAUAACUAUAUCUUUACUUGCGAGAUUCGAGAGCUAAAAACCAGAGCUCCAAAGAGAAAGCGUUCUAUGAAACAUUGA